AUGGUAUAUGUGCUUAUGCCAGAUAAGUCUGAUGUCUUGGUCUUUAUGGGAUUAUCUUUAAUGUUGUUUCGUCUUUCUCAAGGUGGCUGCUUGCCAAAAGAUGAGUAUCGAAUAAAUGAUCAGCGUAAGUCCUUACUUAUGAGUUUAACUUCAGUGGAAAAGGUAGAUAGACUGUACCGUCUUGACUUAAAGGCUUCAUUAAGCAUUAUUCCAUCCAAAGUUGUUUUAGAACAUGUUAAGCAAUUUGUUGGAGAUGAUGGUUUUGAUGAGCUGCGAGAUGCACUGUUGCUUGUAUUUGCUAAUAAGCAGGAUCUUCCCAAUGCAAUGAAUGCUGCUGAGAUCACUGACAAGCUUGGGCUACACUCCCUCCGUACAUCCAGAGCACCUGUGCUACCUCUGGUGAGGGUCUUUAUGAGGGCUUGGACUAGCUCUCCAAUAAUAUUGCUAACAAGGCGUGAUACAAAUGAUGAGACUUUUUGUGGAUUGAGAAUUCUGGAUGCAGGGUGA